CGUGCGUGCUGUGCGUGCCGUGCGUGCCGGCGGAGCAGGCCGGAGCGGGGGGGCCGGUGCCGCGGCGAUGCUGGAGGAGGCGGGCGAGGUUCUGGAGUCGGUGCUGAAGGCCUCAUGUCUGCCGCUGAGCUUCCUGCUCUUCGUACCCGCCGUGCUGCUGCUCCUGGGGCCGCCGCCUGCUGCCGAGGCCGCCCACGAGUUCACGGUGUACCGCAUGCAGCAGUACGAGCUGGGCGGGCAGCCCUACGGCACCAGGAGCGCCGUGCUCAACACUGAAGCCCGCACAGCCGAGGCCGACGUCCUGAGCCGCCGCUGCGUCAUGAUGCGCCUGGUGGACUUCUCCUAUGAGCAGUACCAGAAGGCUCUCAGACAGUCAGCUGGGGCUGUGGUGAUCAUCUUGCCACCAUCUAUUUCUUCUGUCCCACAGGAUGUUGUCAGGCAAUUCAUGGAGAUAGAGCCAGAAAUGCUUGCUAUGGAAACCAUUGUGCCAGUCUACUUUGCUGUGGAAGAUGAAGAGCUGCUGUCUAUCUAUGAGCAGACACGAGCUGCCUCUGCAUCACAGGGCUCUGCCUCAGCUGCAGAGGUUCUGCUGCACACAGCAACUGCCAAUGGCUUCCAGAUGGUGACCAGUGGGGCUCAAAGCAAAGCUAUCAAUGACUGGCUCAUACCCAGCGUGGAGGGAAGGCUGACAGGACUGGGUGGAGAAGAUCUGCCCACUGUUGUGAUAGUUGCCCACUAUGAUUCUUUUGGAGUGGCUCCAUGGCUGUCCCAUGGUGCAGACUCCAAUGGCAGUGGGAUCUCAGUGCUGCUGGAACUCGCCAGGCUCUUCUCCCGGCUCUACACCUACAGGCGCACCCACGCUGGGUAUAACUUGCUGUUCUUUGCAUCUGGAGGUGGCAAGUUUAAUUAUCAAGGAACCAAGAGGUGGCUAGAAGACAAUUUGGACCACACUGAUUCCAGCCUGCUGCAGGACAAUGUAGCAUUUGUUCUCUGCCUUGAUACUCUGGGCCGAGGCAGCAGCCUCCAUCUCCAUGUCUCAAAGCCUCCCAAGGAGGGGACCUUGCAGCACGCGUUUCUGAGGGAACUGGAGAUGGUUGUUGCCAGCCAGUUCCCAGAGGUGAAGUUCUCCAUGGUGCACAAGAAGAUCAACCUGGCAGAGGACAUGCUGGCCUGGGAGCACGAGCGGUUUGCGAUCCGCCGCCUGCCGGCGUUCACCAUCUCCCACCUGGAGAGCCACCGGGACAGCCUGCGCAACAGCAUCAUGGACAGGAGGGCACGAAUAGACACUAAAGCACUAACCAGGAACACUCGGAUCAUUGCUGAGGCUUUGACAAGGGUCAUCUACAACCUAACAGACAAGGGAGCACCUGCAGAUCUGCAGAUCUUCACGGAUCAGAUGCAGAUCCAGCAGGAACAACUAGAAUCAGUGAUGGACUGGCUGAGCAGUCAGCCCAGGGCUGCCCAGUUGAUAGAUAAAGACAGCACCUUCCUUAACACCUUAGAAUAUUAUAUGGGUCGCUACCUGAAGGAUGUCAAACAGCAUCAUGUAAAGGCAGACAAGAGGGACCCUGAGUUUGUUUUCUAUGACCAGCUGAAACAGGUGAUGAAUGCAUACAGGGUCAAGCCAGCAAUCUUUGACCUCCUCCUGGCUGUCUGUAUUGCAGCAUACCUUGGUGUUGCCUAUGUUGCAGUGCAGCACUUUGGUCUCCUUUACAGGAUGAUACAGAGAUUAUCCACUAAAACCAAGCAGCAGUGAAGCAACAACUCAUCACCCAUACAGCAGCACUGAGCCAUCGGUGAGCCCAUCAGGAACCUUCUGCCUUCCAUUGAAUCCUGCUGGUUUUCUUCCUCUUUUUUUUGUCUUUGCUACUCUAUAGAAUGGAGGAAGGUGGAAAGAAAAUGAAAUUUUAACUCUUGUGCAAUUCUUAAGUGCUUUUCUUCACGUUCUUCCCCUGACUUGCACCAUGUCUGUUUUCCUUUGCUUUUGGCGAGGGAGAGGCUCAGAGACCUCAGCAGUUCUGCAGGUUGUUUAAACACUGAACAACUUAUUCUGAGCAGCUUCUGUGAGUGUAAAACCAAGUCCAGCACCUUCAUGGACACAUGUGCCAACCUGCAAACUGAAACUACCAAGUAGAGUGACAUGGUAUCUCUGCCCAGCAAACAAGGACUCAGAGCAGUUGUUU